CAAAACUUCCAACUUGUUUAUGUUUACUUUCCAAAAGUUAGUGGGUUCCAACGCAAUCUGCAAAUUCCGUUCCAAAAAUCCGUCGGAACCGUGUCGCCAGGAUGAACCGAACCGCAGCCGGCAUCGCUGCGAACGUGUCCAGCGUCAGAUGGGUCGAUUUCACCGAGCACAUGUCCAGCACCUUCCAGGAGGUCUACGCCAACUCUCUGUACACGGACGUGACACUGGUGCUGGCCGACGGAUCGUGCCUGCAGGCCAGCCGGAUGGUGCUGGCGAUGGCUUCGGAGUUUUUCGAAGAUAUCUUUAGCUCGGCUAGCAGUUCGAUGGUGGCGUUCCUUGGGGGAGGACUGCAGGAGAUUAGGGUGGUUAUUCCGGAUGUGCGCUACGCGGUCAUGAAGCAGGUGCUGAACUUUGUGUACACGGGGCAGGUCCACAUGAACGGGCGGGAAAUGGCGGACUUUAUUGAGGCGUGCCAGCUGUUCCAGCUGAAGGGGUUGAGCUACAAGAAUGGGGACAUUAACGGGAUUAAGAUUAGCGGGUCGAACAUAAUCACACCGGAGCAGUACGAGUACGAGGAGCUGCAGGAUGCGUUUGCGGAAGAGGUGCCGGAUGAUGGCGUUGUGGAGUCUGAGGUGGGUUUGGGGGAACCGGUGGUGCCGGAGGUGGAGAAUGUGGCGGAGAAGACUGCGGUUGUGGGAGAUGGUUUGAACCAGUAUUAUGAAGUACAGGUGAUGGACAUGGAAGAGCUGGAAACGUCCACGAGUGGGCAGGACAUCAAGCAGGCCAUGGCAUCGUUCACGGUGUUGGAACAGAGCGAAGAUCUGGCAAAUCAAACCCACGAAUCCGACUCGAGCAUGAACGAAAGUGGCGAAGGAUCGGCCAAGAAACGACUUAAAAACUGCGAGUACGGAGACCGAUUGGAGGAAGCCAUCAACAGCAUAGUUCAAGGUGGCGUCAGUUUUCGCACGGCUUCGAUUCAGUACGGCAUACCGAAAACGGUCCUCUGGCGAAAAGCCGUCAAGGUUCCAAACUACAAAGCCGAACGGCUGGAACUUCCCUCGCCGCGAAAGGAAGCCAUCGAGGCGCUGAAAUCCGGCGAGAAACUGCUGAACAUCAGCAAACGAUUCGACAUUCCGCUGUCCACGCUGCACCGGGACAAGCUGAAACUGUUCAGCGAGGGUGCCCUGCCGGAGAGCGUGCCUCUCAAGCAGCGGGACAAAACGUCCCGUGAUCGGAUCCUGGAAGCCGCCCAGCAAUGCAUAGACGGCGUGCUGUCCCAGUCCGAGGCGUGUAAACUUUACCAACUGCCAAAAACCACAAUCUGGAGAAAGAUCAAAGCGCUUCGGGCGGCGGAACGGAUCAAAACGGAGGGUGGUGCAAGUCUGGAGGGUGACGGUCACGUGGAAGGCAGUUCGUCGACGACGAGAAGAGACGGAACGGUUGAACUGCUGGUAGAAACGCUGGACCAGGAUGAAGCCGCGGGGAAGGUGGAGCAUUUGGAGGAGCAGGAGUACGUUGUGCUGGUGUGAUGUCGAAGUGUUGUUAGAGAGUAAGCUACCUUUGGUUAAGAGAGUAUCAUCGACAUGAGCUUAGAAUUAGAAACAUAUUUUUAAUGGUGAUAAAAUCUAUCGCAAGUUUACUUGAUUGAUGUUAGCUUUUAAUGUUACACUUUUGUAUAAUAUCAGUUUUGAUGCAAAAAUCUCGUACAAAUACAAA